CUCAGUCAUCAGUCUGUGGAGCCUUGGCAAGCUGAACUACCUGCAGGAUCUUCAUCUUAACAUGUCGUGUAUUCCUUCACUUCUGGGCGUGGAAGCUCUGGCUCAUUUGAUCGGAGGGCAUGGUAACCUGAAAACUAUAGUAAUGUCUCAUGGCUCAUCGGUGAUUCCUGGCGCCUCAAAAGCAAUAAUUUCCUGGGAUGACUUGGAACCUCUCCCCCUUCUCCAGAGAUUUGAAUGCUCGCCGCACAGCUGCAUCACAUUUUCCCGAAUUCCUAAGUGGAUUAAAGAACUUAGCCACCUGUGCAUUCUGAAGAUUGCAGUGGUGGAACUGCAGAUUAGUUGGGUUGAUAUUCUGAGAGGAUUGCCUGCCCUCACUGCUCUGUCUCUGUAUGUGCGGCGUGCGCCCAUUGAAAGGAUCAUCUUCAACAAGGCAGACGGGUUCUCAGUUCUCAAGUACUUCAAGUUGACUUGCACGAGUGGUAUAGCGUGUCUAAAAUUUGAGGCGCAAGCAAUGCCUAAUCUCUGGAAGCUCAAGCUAGGUUUCAAUGCCACCCCCCGAAUGGACCAACAUCAACUUAUCCGCAUCGAGCAUAUGCCAAACCUUAAAGGGAUAUCCGUAAAAUUUGGGGGUGUAGCUGCUCAUAUAGAGUAUGCGAGGUCUGUUGUAACUAGUCAUCCGAGAAAUCCUACAAUCAAUAUGCAAUUGGUGAAUUUUUGUUCAAAUUGUGAUGGAAGCACAAAACAGAACCUUCUCACCAACUGGGCUGUCAAGUCGCGUGCCGCAGCCUCAGCACCAAUGGAGGAUCCUCCCAGUCACUUCACCACCACCUUCUCCAGCUCCGAUGGCAUCUUCAUGGCAGACAUGAACUUGGAGGCGCUCUGCCGCCUAUCUGACAACCUCGCCGCCGUCUUCCGCUCGCCGGAUGUCUUCGCCUUCCUUGUUGACAUGCACAUCGUCGUGCCCGACGCGCCCGACCUGCCUGUGCACCUUCCCAUGCUCUGCGCACGAAGUCCCUUCCUACAUGAUUUCUUCAUGCGCCGUGCCGCUGCCGUGAAGGGCUACCGGCUGGACCUCCGCGAGCUUCUGGGUGAGAAGAUGGAGGUCGGGUACGAGUCAUUGCAGCUGGUGCUCGAGUACCUGUACACCGGCUGCGUCGGCGACCUUCCCAAGUCGGUGUGCGUCUGCGCUGAUGUAGAUGGCUGCACGCAUGUCGGCUGCCACCCCGUCAUCUCCUUCAUGGUGCAGGUCCUCUUUGCCGCAUCCACCUUCCAGAUUGCCAAGCUCACCAACCUCUUCCAGUGGCGUCUCCUUGAUGUCCUUGAUGAUGUUGAAGUUGAUAACCUUCCAUUGAUCUUAUCUGUUGCAAACUUAUGCAAUAAAUCAUGCAUGAAACUUCUCGAGAGAUGCCUUGAGAUGGUAGUUCGGUCAAAUCUUGACAUGAUUACUCUUGAGAAAGCAUUGCCUCCAGAUAUUAUCAAGCAAAUUGCUGAUUCACGCCUAAGUCUUGGGUUAGUUUCAGCCAAAGACAAGGGAUUUCCUAACAAACAUGUAAGAAGGAUACUCCAAGCUCUUGACAGUAAUGAUGCGGAGUUAGCGACGAUCCUGCACCAGGAAGGGCAGACUAAUCUUGAUGAUGCGUUUGCGUUGCACUAUGCUGUUGAACAUUGUGACUCAAAGAUCAUAACAGAAAUUUUGGACAUCACACUUGCAGAUGUUAAUCAUAGAAAUCCUAGAGGUUAUACUGUUCUUCACAUUGCUGCCAGGCGAAGAGAUCCCAAAAUUCUUGCUUCUCUUUUAACCAAGGGUGCUCGGCCUUCUGAUCUUACAUUUGAUGGAAGAACAGCAGUUCAAAUCUCAAAAAGACUCACAAAACAUAGGGAUUACUUUGGGGUUACUGAAAAAGGGAAAUCGUCUCCUCAAGAUCGGUUAUGCAUUGAGAUACUAGAGCAAGCUGAAAGAAAAGCACAACUUGGAGAAGAAUGAGUUUCUGUUGAAAUGGCCGGUGACGGUCUAUGUGGAAAGUUGUUGUACCUUUGAAAACUGAGGUUCUUUGAUGAAAAUACUCUUUCCGAUUGAGGCAACAGUAGCAAUGGAAAUUCCUCAAGUGAAUGGUACUUUGGAAUUUACUUUUGAUUCUAGUCCAAAUCCACAUCUGGAGAUACGAUGGCCAACCGUUGAUCUAAAUGAAUUUUCUUUCGAAACGAACGAUGCACACUUGACUCGGCUGAGAGCCCUCUCCAAAACAGUCCAACUCGGCAAACGCUUCUUCCCAUGUUGUUCGAAUGUGCUGAAGAAGAUCAUGGAUGAUGAAUCUGAGCUGGAUUCCAUUGGAAGAGACACAUCCACCGAGAGGAAGCGGAGGUUCCAUGAGCUGCAGGACUUGCUUCAGAAGGCAUUCAGCGAGGAUAAGGAGUCGUCUAGUUUGACAAGUCUCAGGUAUAGCUCGAAUGCCGACGGGUGACAUGAAAAGCAGCCAGAAAUGCAUGUCUGGGUUAUACCGUUAUACUAGUACUAUAUCAGAUUGGAGUACGACUGGAAAGCAGCCAGAUAUUCAGAUUGUGCCUUUUAUAAAAGAAAAUUUUCAGGUGAAAUUAAUCUAGAACUCGGUUCUCUUCUCGGAUCGAACCUUCUACAAACUGCAAGCAGCCGAUUGUUUGGAACUGCAGUUAUCAUUUAACGCCAGAACAUGUUCAUGGCAUGUGCUGUUCUUUUCUCUGUUCUGCACUUUUGAGGUGAUGCUGUUGUGUAAAUUUCAGCAACUAGUACAAAUUUGUGGGAACUUGUAGCUGGUACGUAGUAGUAGAUUAAUUCAGUUCACACCGAAA